UUGGCCUUUCACAUAUUUGUUAUGUAAAGCUUAGAGACAUAUCCUACAUAGACAACCAACACAGCAAUCCAUUUUUACGUCGUAUCGUAUGCAUUCAAGCUUCAGUGCAGUUGCUAUACAAAAUACAUGUUCCUGGUGGGCUCUGUCCACGUUGUUGGUAUAGGCUAACUAUAGCCACGAAAUACAGUGUUCUGUAGCCUAGCUAUUCGGUAUUGCAUGUAUAGUUGAAACGUCAUACUAUAGCUUAAAUAAUUAUAUGAGUGGUAGGUUCUGACUAUAACGCUGCAUAGUCCAACAUAUUUUCCUAGCCAACGUACUGUCAGAUGUGUUUUUAUAGGCAGCAGCGUGAAUGAAAAACGCUAAGUAAAACUUCAAAGUAUUUAAUGUAACGUGGAUCCAGAAACAGAGAACCACGAGCGCAAAAUUGCCCGCCAUUGAUUUUAAAGAAUGCUAGGAAAACCGGUGACGUAAGUGCCAUUCUAGAACGUAGGGUGUGGCUUUGAUGUUCACAUGUUUUUCAUGGACACCUGAUGUCCUUUGAUGUUCCCAAGUCCUUUGAUGUGAGAUUAUAUAAAGCGGCGAAACUCACGUCUACUUCAUUUCGAGUUAACGAAUACACCGGCAACACUUCGAUCAACUGAUCUCCUGCCUUUCUCGCUAUAACUUGAAAACAAUACGUGGAUAUAGUGCAUAAAAGACGGUCUUUUACGUUCAGCUGUAAAGAUCUGCCAACAUGCCCAUCUUUGUUUUGACGUUUGUUGCUGUCCCUUGGGCUGCUUCAAAAGCUGGUCGCCUCAUCAGAUCUGGACUGGAACUCAUUCGCACAAAUUCACCCAGGGCUAACCCAGCAGAGUCUGUUCCCCAUGAUUUACCUGUAAUCGUACCUCUACCAGCCCAGACAUACUUCCAGGACAGAAGCUUCAGUGGUCUCAGGAUGCUGCAUCAGAAUAAUGUCAGAAGCCCGAACCAACUACCAGAUGAAAAUAAGCAAGAGAAACAAGAGCAGGACAGUACCUCUGCAACCUCUAAGACUGACAUCAGCAGCCAAAGUCUUAAACUCCCUCGUCUCGCUCUCUACAUGUCUGUACAUCUGUACCCCUUUGCCUCUUUUGGAGUGAAGAAGAGAAAGUCUAGAAAGGACUUGACACCACAUCAAUUUGCUGACAGACCCCAAGUUACAGCUGCUUUUUAUGUGACCUAUGACGACAUUUUAGCGUGUAUGCAGAAAUACAAUGAAAGACAACAAAUGGUUCCUCCCCCAACAAAAGUUGCAAUCUUCUUCCGUGCGGCCCGAGCAAGAAUCAUGGAUCUUUGGUUCAGGAUUGUAGAAAAAAUUACAUCUGUUUUCGCCAAGGCCCAAGCAGCACUUUCAGCUUUGAUUUUUGACCGUUAUAAUUUUCUCUUUAUCACUGCAGUUUUAUCACUUAUUUAUUUCUUUAUUUACAGGAAAAGACCAACAAUGACUGCAGUUUUUUCCAGCACAGAGGAAGAAUUUCCGGCGGUCUUUCCACAAUUGAGACAGCAAGAGAUGUAUUUCCCAGGAAACAAGCGGGAAUUGCUGAUUUCUUUUCCACACCCACAGCAAAGAUUUCAGCUGUUUUAUCCAGAAUCAAAAGAGGGUUGGACAAUAGUUCUGAAACGGCCAGAACACCAAAUGAGGCUGCUUUUACCAGGACACCUACAAGGACUGCAGAUGGUUUUUCCACAGUCCAAGCAAGAACUGCCGGUGCCUUUUCCACGACCAGUGGAAGAAUUGCUGCUGUUAUUUCCACAAUCGGGGCAAGUAAUUCGCGUGUUUUUUCCAGGACUAACAGGACGAAUUAGAGCAGCUUUUUUCGGAGCCCAAAGAAGAAUGAUACAAGUUUUUUCCUGGACUCGAUCAAGAAUUGCUGCUGGUCUUCUCAGCGCAUCUGAACGGACUCUGACUUUGUUUGACGCGAUCUCAGACAGACUCGCAGUCAUGUUUGCAGACUUUGAGUAA